AAGUUAAUCUUUUAGAGCAGCACAAUAAGGCCAAAACAUAAUAUGAGCACAAACUUGAGAUAAAACUGUCAGGCACAAGAUUAUACAAACUUUCAGGCCUCACACCACAACUCCACUACACACAACACUACAGGUAAAGAAGCGAAUUAUGAAAUGGCAAUUCAGUUUGAUUAUCAGGCUCAAGACUAAAGUUAUUCUGCUGUUGUCACAGAAUAUAUUUGUAUUCAUUCCAGUUCUAAUAAUCCAUUAUUAUUCAUUUGUAGAAGAACACGUCCUGUACGUCCCACUGUCUUUCCCACUGUGUCCCACCAGAUGUCAGCACAUUACACUUCCUCUAUCUGCAGCACACACUUUGAUACAGGCCUACACAACAUCUGAUUAUUUUCUACAGUGUUCUUAUUUCUAAAUUUCAGUUGUACGCAUGUAUGCACUUCUUGGUCAGUGGAAUAAACUUCAUUACUAUAACUUAUUUAUCUAUUUUUGCCCAAUUACGAGGAGAAAACAUAAGAUAAUAAGAAUAUAACAAGGCCUUUUGCCAUUUUAGGUCUAGCUUUUCCACUUAAAAACACCACAUUAACUUUACUGGAACUUUGUUUGAAGCAGUAGCAUGUAUAUCGUGAUGAAUCCGUGCUGCACAGACAUGGAUCAGGUUAGUAAACAGUGAGGAAGGUGACUGCAAAGUUUUGGGUGGAAGUUGGAGGAGGAUCCGUGGAAUCACAACAACAGAUCUACAGACGCUCUGCGCACACACGCGUCAGCCACACAGUGUUUGUAGAUCAGUGGAGCGCUUGUUUUCUUCACCCCGACGUCCUCCUACAAACAUUUGCACGUCGCUCGACCCCCCUGCUCCCGUGUCCUCUGCAUGGACUUCAGGUUUCUAACUCACCAUGGCCUCAGUCCUCUCGUAGCCGCCGCGGGCUGUGUUCGCUCCCAUGGCCGGAGCUGGCUGCAAGUGUCCCGUCUCCCUGGCCGUGUUCAAGCGCUCUCUGUCGGUGGCGCCGCGCGGCUGCGGUGGGUCCGCUCCACGGUCGCUGCUGCCGGGCUGGAGGCUCGGGGAGCGAGGCCUGCAGGAGGCCGCCCGCCCCUCCAGCGCCAUGAGAGCCGCCAGCUUUUACCGACACACCGCCUUCUUCUGUUUCUCCUGCCAGGAGUCCAUGAGGGAGAGUCUGAGGACCUGCUACCUGUACCUGAACCAAACCAGCCGGAGCUUCGCGGCCGUGAUUCAGGCGCUGGACGGGGAGCUGAGACAUGCAGUUUGUAUUUUCUACUUGGUGCUGCGAGCGCUGGACACAGUGGAAGAUGACAUGAGCAUCCCCCUGGACAAGAAAGUCCCCAUGCUGAAUGAUUUCCACACCUUCCUGUACCAGGACGACUGGUGCUUCACUGAGAGCCAGGAGAAAGAUCGGCAGGUCCUGGAGGAUUUCCCCACGAUAUCACUGGAAUUCAGAAACCUUGCUCAGGAAUACAGAGAUGUCAUUUCAGAUAUCUGUCACCGUAUGGGAGUGGGAAUGGCCGAAUUCCUGGAGAAGAAAGUGGGAUCUAUGAAGGAGUGGGACCAGUAUUGCCACUAUGUGGCCGGGCUGGUCGGCAUUGGCCUGUCUCAGCUCUUCUCUGCGUCUCAGCUGGAGGACCCUGAGGUGGGGCGGGACAUCGAGCUGGCCAACUCCAUGGGCCUGUUUCUCCAGAAGACCAACAUCAUCCGUGACUAUCUGGAGGACACGCAAGUGGGACGUGCCUUCUGGCCACAAGAGGCUUGGAGUCAGUUUGCAGGUCGUCUUGAGGACCUAGCCCAGCCGGACAAGCUGGAGUCGGCUCUGUCGUGUCUCAACCUGCUGGUCACUGAUGCUCUGCGACACGUCCCGGAUGUCAUCGCCUACCUGUCGCGGCUGCGCAACCAGAGCGUCUUCAAUUUCUGUGCUAUUCCACAGGUGAUGGCGAUAGCUACAUUAUCAAAGUGCUACAACAACCCCAUGGUGUUCCAGGGAGUAGUAAAGAUCAGGAAGGGACAGGCUGUCACCCUCAUGAUGGAGGCCACCAACAUGAGAGCUGUGCACACUAUCAUCAGCCAGUACAGCCAGGAGAUUUUACAGAAGGUCUCCCUCACCGACCCGUCCCGGGACAAGACCCUGCACAUCCUGGCUCUGAUCAGAGAGAAGUCUGCGCUGUCACAGUCCACCAUCCCCUCCAGGACCCACCACCUGUCGCCCAUGUACCUGUCCGCCGCCAUGCUGCUGGCCGCCCUCAGCUGGCAGUACCUCAGCACCACUGCUGCACAGGCGCAGGGCACCGGCAACGUACAGGGACAGUGAAACCCCUUCACCCUCACCUUCCCUGGGGGGGGGGCUACAGACUCAGAAACCCCCUCUGCCCACUCUGAAGGUCUGGCUCCGCUGUCACUCGAGGACUCUGAUGCACCUCUCCCUCACUUUCUCCUCGUCAAUAUGGCCGACAUAGGACCGUAGACUGCAGGGGGCGCUCUGGUAGCAGGCGUGUCUCAUUAGGUUUGAAGGUGAUUUGUCGUCGCCCUCCUGCAUCUGGAUUAAUUAUUACACACAGUGUUGUGAGGUUAUAUUCACCAGCAUAAAUGGCACAUUGAAAUAAUUCAGGGGUGUUUUAUUAUCAUUUCAUGUUUACGCUGAUCAUGUGUUUCCUCUUUUUUUGAUUAGUUUUAAACAUUUCGACCCAUUGAAAUUAUUGAGCAUAUGUAAAUAUGUCAAGACAUCAAUAAUAGAUAUAAUUUCUCUUUUGAAUGAAAUGUUUAAAUAUGCUAAACACGUCACUGCCUAUUUUAGGAUUAAGUGGCUGAGUCACCAACCUUCAGGUUGUUUUUUUAAUAACUCUCCUAUAAAAUCCUAUUUUUCACGUCAAAUCAAAGCAAUCUUAAAGGAGACCUAUUCAUGGUUAUUACUUGAACAGGUUUACAUCUUCUAAUGUUCAGGAAACUUUCCUCAUACUGUCCAUUACUGCAGCUCCUCUUUUUAGCCUCUGUCGCUUGGUAGGAAAUGUUGCUCUUGAUUUACCUGGAGUUGAUAGGGGGGCGUGUCAGGCUAGGUGCUAGGCGUGCAUCAGGGCUGUUCGGAUGAAUUUUCUAAAAUAUAAUUCAAAUUUAAAAAAAAGAUCUAUUCUAUUCAAAUGCUGUAAUUACUCUUAGAACGUGUAUUUUUUGUUUAUAAAUUCGCUGACACGGCGGCCUCUGCAUGUAGUCCACGUAGGGAAUGUGCCUUUACUGCAGCGCCACUGCUGCACACUCACACUGGUUCCGAGACAGAGUGUGCGCAACAAAAACUGCCCAUGAUGUUGUCACUAUCGGUGACAUAUUCUAGCGAUACAGCAACUUUCAUGAAAGGUGUACCGAUAUCAAAAUAACAAAAACUGUUUAUUUUGCUGUGAACCCCUCGUGGAGGAAAUAUCCUGAAUUUGUAGAGGAGCAGACAGAGACACUUUGCUGUAUACGUGGUAUAUAUUAAGAAUAAGCUAUAUAUUAUUAGAAAAAUUCAUAAAAAUCUGAAUGUAAGUUGAAUUUAAAAAAUGAUAAAGUAUGAAAUUCGAAUGGGAUUAUAGAGGAAGAGCCUUAGCGCGUGUUAUUAUGCAAAUGUAAGACUAUCGACGAGGUGUUUUAGGAGCUUCAGUGUUUUUGGAGGGAGAGAGGAGUUUCCUUUACCACGGACUUCCGCUUUUUAACUUUGCAGAAUUUUUACAAACAUAAGAAAAACACUGGAGGAAGGAAAAACUGAAAAACCAUAAUAUGUCUUCUUUAAUAUUCCACUUCUGUUUCUGUAGGAGAAACUCUUUAACUGUUACAGCAGUGCACUUCUCUCAUUAGCACUGUCUGUAUGUGCUGCGUAGAUGUGGGUAGCAUCCCAACACUCUUCUGUCUCUGUUCGUUCAACUCAAUGUACUUUGAAAUAGGAGAAAAAAAGCAAAAAGAAGAGUGUAAUUCUGAGGUGGCUUCGUCCGAUGUGUACUGUUGGUGUGAAUUUAUUGAACAAAUAUAAUGUCUUUGAUAUGCGAGAGAGAAACCUAUAUUGAGACUGCUAUAGCUGAAGUGUCCUUAAAGCAGCUUUGGUGAGUAGAAAGGCCGGCACACAGAAACCUUGCACCGAACCAAAGGAGAGCUACAAACAUUGCUAUGUAAUGUGAAACUUUCAUUUGUAUAUAUUUGAACAAAUAAAGAGGUGAAACUAUG